UUAGUAGAAAAGACAAAAAUCGGUUUAUUAAAAUAAAAAAAAUAAACAAGAUUCAAAUUAAGGAAGAGAGUGAAUUCGUAUCGUAACAUAGGCUGUUUUCGUAUUAAUCAAAUACAUAAAACGCUACAAUAUUCAAUCAUGUCUGAUAAGUUAGGCUUCGAGGAACUUCGGUUAAAAUACAAGGAUAUAUUGUCCAAAGCAUUUUCAACAAACAACAUCGACCUCUUAGAUUCCUUCUCUAGAAAUACAAAUGAAGUUGACAGAAAAGCAGCAAUGGAUCAAGCAUUUCGGGAUAAACUUUUGGAGCUUCUAAUCGAGAACCCUGAUACCUUAGAAAACUACGUUUCUUUUUGCAUAGAAUCCUGUAGAAGGCACAUGGUAACUCCUACCAUGCCUGUAGUCCUUUUAGGCGAUAUUUUUGAUGCUUUAACUUUAAAUAAAUGUGAGAAGUUGUUUGAGUAUGUAGAAAAAGGGGUUAACAUAUGGAAAGAAGAGUUGUUCUUUGUUGCUUGCAAAAAUAAUCUGCUCAGAAUGUGCAACGACUUAUUACGCCGUUUAUCCCGUUCUCAAAACACUGUAUUUUGUGGAAGGAUAUUAUUGUUUUUAGCUAAGUUCUUUCCAUUUUCGGAGAGGUCAGGACUAAAUAUAGUUUCGGAGUUUAACUUGGAGAACGUCACAGAAUUUGGAGGUGAUAAUUCGAGCACAUUAAAAGAUGCUUUAGAUGAAGAUAUGGUUGUAGAUGAAGAUAAUUCCAAACUGACCAUAGAUUACAGCUUGUAUUGUCGGUUUUGGAGUCUCCAAGACUUCUUUAGGAAUCCUAAUACAUGUUACAAUAAGAUUCAGUGGAAGACUUUUGUUGCUCAUUCAGGAAGUGUCUUAGCAGCUUUCUCAUCAUACAAACUUGAGGCUGUGGAAUUACAAAAGUCCAAAUUAAAUAGACUAAAGGCAGUCAACUCAGACGUUGAAAUGCAAGAAUCAAACAAAGAGCAGCACUAUUUUGCAAAGUUUUUAACAAAUCAGAAACUACUCGAGUUACAAUUGUCUGAUUCCAAUUUCAGAAGAUGUGUACUCAUACAAUUUUUGAUAUUGUUUCAAUAUUUAACAUCUGCUGUGAAAUUUAAAAUGGAGGCUCAGGAAUUAAAAUCCGUUCAGGUAGAUUGGAUUAAAGAGACAACAGCCAUGAUAUACCGUUUGCUCGGAGAAACACCACCAGAUGGGAAGAAAUUUGCUGAAUGUGUCAAAUGUAUAUUACAUAGAGAAGAAUAUUGGAAUAGUUGGAAGAAUGAUGGCUGUCCAGAAUUCCAAAAGCCAAAAGCUCCAGUGUCAGUUGACUCUGAUGAAGUUAAAAAGACAAGAAAGAGAAGAAGACCUGUUGGUGAUAUAAUUAAUGAAUAUAGAAAUCAAGAUAAAUUCUACAUGGGCAAUAAUGAACUUACCAAAUUAUGGAAUCUGUGUCCAGAUAAUUUAGUCGCAUGUCGAACUAAGGAAAGAGAUUUUAUGCCAUCAUUAGAGUCGUACAUGUUAUCUGAGGGUGGUACUGGGGGUGCGCGUCGUACGGCCAGUGGGGGGUGGGGGUGGCGCGCACUGCGGCUGCUCGCGCGCCGCUCGCCGCACUUCUUUGUGCACACCAACAACCCUAUAGGACGAUUACCAGACUACCUCGAUGAUAUGGUGAAAAGGAUAGCGCGUGAUUCCGCCGCCAAUGCAGCAGCGGCUAAUGCUAACGGGGAUACAAACACCAAUCACAAUGACAAAGCUGUUAAACAGGAGGCUGUUGAGGAAGAUAUAACGGAGGAGCAAAUGGAAGCAGACCUAAUCAAGGGAGCAGACUCUAACGAUAUAGAACAGGUUCCCGAUUCUACGGAAGGUGGUGAUAACGAUGAUAAGACGACACGUUCUCGUGUAACAAUGAUAUCUCCUGCAGAAUUAGACGCCGUUUCAGCUAAACUAUCUGAGUGGAAGAAACUAGCUGUAAAACUAGGCUACAAGCCUGACGAAAUACAGUACUUUGAGACGGAAAACGCAACAGACGAAGCGAGAGCUAAGAAUAUGUUGCAAUUGUGGUUUGAUGAUGAUGAAGACGCGUCAGUGGAAAAUCUCCUUUAUAUAAUGGAAGGUUUAAAGCUGGUUGAUGCUUGCGAAGCUUUGAAGAAUGCUAAAUGACGUUCGCCUAAGCGCUGCAAAUUGCACAAAUCUAGGCUAACACAGCGUUGGUACAUGA